AUGUUACAUUCAUCCCCUAAGCCCCAACAAAAACCUUUCGCUGGAGCUCUCAAUGGGGUAUGUGAUACCCCAAUUUCUCAAUUGCCGCAACCUAUUCUCAAAGGGGAUCGAUUAUCCAUCACAAUCCCUGAAGAUGAGUACCAAGCUAGAGUUGAAUCAUGUAAGCAUAAUCUUCACGGUAGGGUUCUUUGGCCAAAAUGUUCCAAACCCCUCUCUACGGGCCAAAAUUCGAGAGAAGUUCUCCGCUUUUUGGAAGAAUUUAGGAAAAUGGAGAAUCGGGCAUGGAAUUUAUCACCGGGGAUUCUCAAGUCGUUUCCUUGGUCUAAAGACUUCAUGCCUAAUUUGCAGCAAAACAAUAUAGCUCAGGUUUAG